AUGCAUCUGACUUCUUACCUCUCCGUCGCCGUGACGCUCCUCGGCCUUACAACCGCCGCACCCAAGGAGUGUUCUACUAAGCGCUCCCCUGUUCCCAAGCUUGAAGGGGGUCAUUACAUCAUUGACCGCUCUACCAAGUUUGCCAACAAGCAGGUCUGGACGUUCAACGGCAAAACUCUCCCUGAGGGCCUCUACGCCAGCGAUUAUCCUGUUGGCAAGACUCACGUCUUUAAAUCAUCCAACGUCAAGCUUAGCAAUGGCUACCUCGAGCUUACAGUGCCAGGUGGCCAAAAGGCUAAGCCUUACAAGUCCGCCGAAAUUGCUACCGAGAUGGAGAACAUUAUGUAUGCGUCUGUCCGAACGACGGCCAUUCUGAGCGAACCUGCAGGUGUUUGCAACGGAAUGUUCUUCUACGAAUCCGACAGCCAAGAAACUGACAUUGAGUGGCUCUCAGACCCUAAGUCCGAGUCCAACUACGAUGGAAUCCGUCGCUUGUGGUUCACAAACCAGGACCGAGACGGUGACGGCGAGCCUAGCCACAAGGCUGUCCUCCCUCCUUCCAACCCUACUACCACCGAGCAUGAGUACCGAAUCGACUGGACUAAGGACCUUGUCCAGUUCUACGUUGACGGUGUCAAGAUGUGGUCUACCAAGAAGGAUGUUCCCAACGUGCCUGGCCCCUGGAUCUGGAACAACUGGUCUAACGGUGACAAGGGCUGGAGCGCUGGUCCUCCCAAGCAGACCGCUGUUUUCAAGAUCAAGAAGAUCGAGAUGUACUACAACACUGCCUAA